AUGAUGCUCGCAGCAGGCCUUUCUUUUCGUCAGCCAGCCUGUGCAAGGACAAGGAGUUUCAUCUCGUUUCUCGUCAUGAACGACGGGGGGUUCCAAGGCGCGGACCCGCCGCUCCCGUGUGCAGCGACCUGUCCAAGUCCUUGCAAGAAACGCUUUUGGACGCUGUUGCGGGUGACAUUACGCAUAUCUAAAACCCCGGGGCAAAACGAUGUUGGCUCGAGAACCCACAUUUGCUUGUCGCGCCUACAGGGCGACUUUCGUGUCGACCUCCAGCACGUCAACUCCCAGUCCACAGCCUCUCUGAAAUACUGGGCAUCAGUUAUUGACCUCUGCAAUGACUCCGUCAGGAUCUACCCGGCCGACGAGGGCGGCCGCGAUGUGUUCGCCCUUGGGAGCGUCAUCGUCAAGUCGAGCCAUCUUCACAAUCCGGGGAACGGCCAGCAUACAGAAAUCGACUACUCGUACGCUGACUCCAAUGAAUUGCGGGCUAUUGAUAUUGCCAAGAGCACCCUAAAAGACGUUAGAGUGCCAGAGAUCUUCUUUUCUGGCAAGAUCAAUGGUCGCCAGGUGCUCGUCCAGGAAAGACUCCCCGGCGUUAGUUUGACCGUCGCAUGGCCGUACCUAUCGCAAGAACAAAAGGAAGCAUUCAAGCAGCAGGCACGAAAGAUACUUCGACAAUUACACGCAGUAAAGCCCACCGAUGGGCGCCGGGCUCGCUCCCACAUCGUCCAAGAUCCGAAAAUCCUCAGCAAUGGCCGUAUCCUUCCCCUGGAAGGAAAUAUCCUCUUCUCAAACACCGACAACGACCCGGACAUGAGUUUCAUGCACAACGACUUUACCAAGUCUAACUGCAUAGUUGCCAAUGAUAGGAUUGUUGGGCUUAUUGAUUGGGGGAUGGCGGGCUUCUUUGGCUGGAAGGCGGCUGGCGAAGUCCACCGUAGGAUCAGAACACCGCAAAGAGAACAUUUUGCUAAUGCCAACUUGAGUGAGGCGAGGCUUCAGGAAAUUAUGUUUUGGAAUGAUUUUUAUGACGCUGGUACGCCUGAGUUUUGA